CAAAGGGCCACCCUGCCACGUGACAUGGCAAAAAUAGAGCAGCAAGCGAAGCGAUGCACCUUACAUUUUGUCUUAAUUAACUUGUUAUGUAUUGACAAGCGAUUGGAGUCUAUGUUUUAAACAUGUAGACCAAAAUAUAAUUGUCUCUGUACUUCUUACCAGUUACCACUGAUGUUCUCAAGAGCAAAAAAACAUUUGGUGACGUUAGUUACUGUUCGACAGGUUUACAGUCACCCUGUCCCAUGACGGACUAACGUUAUAUCUGCCGGUGUAAAGUUCAUUGCAACACUUCACUUGUGCAGGGAAGCAACGAGUAGUGCAGGUAAAAAAGACUUCCGCAUGUGUUGCGAACUCGCAACAUUUGGACAUGACACAUAGCAGCAAGACAUAGAUCAUGGACAAUGAGUGGGCAACCUUAAGCUCCUGUUGAAGAAUGGCCAGGCUCAGACGUAAGUCCUGUAUUGCAUUAAUCGGAGUUGUGUUGCUGAUAUUCAUAGUAACAUUGGUUCUGAAGUCCCUCAUGCCUGAAAAUCCAAUGGGAAGUCCUUUAGGUCUUGACCUGUUCCCAGACAUAAAGGCUAAAAAUCCUAAUGACCCACAAAGACACAGUGAAAUGCCAGCUGCUAAACUUGACCAAAUUAAAACAAACAAUAAUCUGCCAGAAAGAGAUAUGAAAAUGGAGGCAAUGCUGAGGACAUUUCCUGCUCCCAACUACAAUGUCCAUGCCUUCUACUACACCUGGUUUGGUAAUCCACAAUUUGACAACAAGUACAUCCACUGGGAUCACCCUGUGUUGCCUCACUGGGACUCCAAGGUGGCCCAAGGCUACCCCAGAGGGAGGCACAGCCCUCCCGAUGACAUUGGGGCAAACUUCUACCCAGCUCUGGGGGCCUACAGCUCCAGAGACCCCUCUGUUAUUGAAGCUCACAUGCAGCAGCUACGAACGGCUGCCAUCGGUGUCAUUGCCGUGUCAUGGUACCCAGCUGGUAUGAAGGAUGACAAUGGUGAAUCGACGGAUGAGCUUGUGCCUUUGCUGUUGGACGUGGCACACAAAUAUCUCAUAAAGGUGGCUUUUCACAUUGAACCAUACCAAGGAAGAGAUGAAGCAACCAUGUUGACCAAUGUCAAGUACAUCAUUGAUAAGUAUGGCAAGCACCCAGCUUUCUACAGACAAAAGACAAGCACCGGCAAGUUCCUCCCGUUAUUCUACGUCUACGACUCCUACCUUCUGAACUCAGAACGGUGGGCCAAGCUCCUGAAACCCACCGAGAGAAGCAGCGUCAGGGACACCCCCUACGACGGCAUCUUCAUCGCCCUCCUCGUCGAGGAGAAGCACAAGAGGGACAUCCUCACUGCAGGCUUCGACGGUGUCUACACGUACUUUGCCACAAACGGCUUUUCGUACGGCUCCUCUCACCGCAACUGGGAGGCCAUAAAAACAUUCUGCGAGGAUAACAGCUUGAUGUUCAUCCCGAGCGUAGGACCUGGUUACAUCGACACCAACAUCAGACCCUGGAAUUUCCAGAACACACGGAAUCGCAUCAACGGGAAAUACUAUGAGACGGCACUGAGCAGCGCCCUGGAAUCUAGGCCUGAUAUCAUCUCUAUAACAUCCUUUAAUGAGUGGCAUGAAGGCACUCAAAUUGAGAUGGCAGUGCCCAAGACCAGUCAGACAGUUUAUUUGGACUACUUGCCUAACAGACCUGUGGUCUACUUAGAGAUAACUCGCAAAUGGGCAGGAAUAUUUGGUAGCGAGCGUAAGAGAUGGCAAGACUGAUUGGAAGCAGUGUUGGGGAGACGGGGGGCUGCAUAAGAGCAAAUGUGUGUGUGUGGCCCCCCUUAACCAUAUACCAUGGAAACCCACUGAGGGAUUAUAAUUGGAAAUGCUGAUAUAAAGGAAUAGGCCUCUCAUUGUGGGUGUCAUCUCCUAUGAUAUUUUAAAUAUUUGGACCAAGCUGAUGAUGAGAAAAGGCAAAGUAUAUAAGUUGUAAUUUAUUGUUGUAAAAAUGCUUAAAUCACUUGGUUAAUCACUUAUUGAUCCGUGGCCCAAAAUAAUCAUGACAAUCGUUAAUGAAGACUGUUUUCCAUUACAGUCUACACGGGUACAUUUUGAGUGUGUGAUUUUUAUUUUAGUAUUGUGUAAUUGAGGAUUUAAUUGUCUAUUCGACAUUUUACUGUCUUUAUUGUUUGUUUUCGUUGGAGUUUAUUCAUCCUUAGUGUACUGAGAGACUACAAGCUGUUUUUUUUUAAAAGCCUUUAAAUGGAAUUGCGUUCAUCUGCCUCUUAUGCCACUAUGAACAGUCACUGUGAAUAGGCAUUGUGUGCCAUAUGUAUGUCUAUAUGGGAUAUUAUUUAAAUGAUGAUGCUUUAGAUACCUUACCGUAUGCAUCUGAAUCAGAUUUAUUUGGAUAGCCAGAUCUAAUGUCUGGCAGAAAGGAAAAGGUGGAGGCUAUUCUAAUUGGCAUCCACGUCCCCAGGUAGGCUAUUAACGCUGGGAUGCAAAUCUGUGGGGAAUUUAAUUACACUGUACUGGAAAAAUAAAAAACGUGAGCUACAUUGACU